UCAGGGCAGGUGCACGCGGGAUAGGCUGCCAGCAGCCGUUGACGCUGGUUCCCCAGGGGACGGGCGCCGACUGAAGUCCCAGGACCAGCCUGACACAGUCAGGCUUGGGAUACACCAUGAGUCCUGCAUCCACCAGGCAUGAGCUCAGCCGUGAGUCCAUUCACCCUCCCAGCCGCACAACAUCACAAUCUGAACUCGGGGAUGUUCCCUCACGCUCAGAGUCACUGGUGUCUAUCACCUCUGUUGCCCCUCCCAAAAAUACUCCACUGAGUGGCACAUCAUUCAGUAGGUCUACACGGUCAGUGCACAAAGAACAGAGUACCAGCAAAUUACCACCAAUGAAACCCAGCCAGAGCCAGAAGGCGCGGCUUGGCCAUGUGUCUAAGAAAAUUAAGAUACGUGCAUCGUUCAAAAGACGGGCUGAGGGCCGGGCUAAGGUCCCCAAAAGACUCAGAGACAGCUCAAAGAAUUUUAUCUUCUCAUCUGCUGGAGUGUUGAAGGUCUUGAGGAUGUGUCUUAUUGCAGCAUCAGUGGUUUGUUUCAUCAUUGGUGGCGCCCAUGAGAUGUUUGUAGCAAUCACAAUUCAGGAAACCUGCAUCGUCCUAUUUUUUAUCAUAGUAUAUUUGGUAACCCUUCAACACUUGCUGAUCUGUAUACAAUGGCCUUUGCUUGAUCUUAUCAACAGUAUCAUUUCAACUGUGUUCCUUGGAGUAGUUGCCAUACUAACAUUGCAAGAAAAAGAAAGAAGGCACUGGUCCUUUGCUGGAGGGAUCCUGUGCCUCUCAGCAGCAAUCUUGUGUUUCAUCGAUGCAUUAUUGGUCAUCAAGAACAUGAAUAACAUGGAAAAAAGUCCUGGGAAUGUAAACUAAGCCUUCACCGCCCCACUGAGUCAGAAGCUAUGCUGAAGUCACCCAGCCCUUCCCAGCAUUUAGCAGGGACUCCACGUAUAAUCACUCCCUCCAGGCCGUCAUGAGCUCCCAAGCCCACGUGUGUGUGAGACCAUAAAGACAGGGCUGUUAAGUCGGCAACA